AUGCUUCAGCUCAUUAUCUAUCUAUCAUCUAUCUAUCUAUCUCAGUUUAUUAUCUAUGUCAGCUUUAUUAUCUAUCUCAUCUCAUUAUCUAUCUAUCUAUCUAUCUAUCUAUCUAUCUAUGUCAGCUCAUUAUCUAUUUAUCUAUCUCAGUACAUUAUAUAUCUAUCUAAGCUCCUUAUCUAUCUAUCUAUCUAUCUAUCUAUCUAUCUAUGUCAGCUCAUUAUCUAUCUAUGUCAGAUCAUUAUCUAUCUAUCUCAGCUCAUUAUCUAUCUAUCUAACUAUCUAUCUAUCUCAGUUUAUUAUCUAUGUCAGAUCAUUAUCUAUCUAUCUAUCUAUCUAUCUAUCUCAGCUCAUUAUCUAUCUAUCUAUCUAUCUAUCUAUCUAUCUAUCUCUCUCAAUUACCCAAUUUCAUCUAUCAAUACAGCAAGAGGGACUCCCGUUCUGGCCGCCAUUAAACCCACCGACAAAGUGACAAAGUCUCUGGUCUUUUUGGAGCAAUGCCAGAAUUCUGGCCAAACUCUUCACAAGAAAGCAUCAAUUGAAGAAACAAUAAUAUUUCCCCCGUCCUCUCAAUUUUUUGAAUCAUUCGACGUCAAUAUUUUCUUUCUCACAUUUGUUUUCUUCUUGUUCUUCUUGGUUUUGUUGUUAUUGUUAUUCUUCUUCUUCUCCUCCUCCUCCUUCUUCUUCUUCUUCGUUUUUUUUCUUCUUUUUUUUCUUCUCCUUUCUUCAUUUUAUUUCUUUUUCUUCCUCUUCUCCUUCUUCUUCUUGACUCUUUUUUUCUUCUUUCUUCUUUUCAUUCCUUUUUCUUAUUUAUUUUCUUAUUUACCACUUUUCGAGUUGUGUUUUUCUCUUUCACUUUUACUUUUCACUUUCUUUCUUACUUUCUCUUUCACUUUUACUUUUCACUUUCUUUCUUACUUUCUCUUUCACUUUUACUUUUCACUUUCUUUCUUACUUGCUCUUUCACUUUUACUUUUCACUUUCUUUCUUCUUUCUUUUCACUUUUUACUUUUCACUUUCUUUCUUACAUUCUCUUUCACUUUUUUACUUUUCACUUUCUUUCUUACUUUCUCUUUCACUUUUUACUUUUCACUUUCUUUCUUACUUUCUUUUCUUUUACUUUUCACUUUCUUUUUUUUACUUUCUCUUUCACUUUUACUUUUCACUUUCUUUCUUACUUUCUCUUUCACUUUUACUUUUCACUUUCUUUCUUACUUUCUCUUUCACUUUUACUUUUCACUUUUUUUUUUACUUUCUCUUUCACUUUUACUUUUCACUUUCUUUCUUACUUUCUCUUUCACUUUUACUUUUCACUUUCUUUCUUACUUUCUCUUUCACUUUUACUUUUCACUUUCUUUUUUACUUUUCACUUUCUUUCUUACGCGUAGUCGAUUACCUCUUGAACAUUCUUUAUUUCACUCCAGAACUCUCCUGAGGCAGGUUCUUCGAUAUGUUUUAUCUUUACUUUUUCUUUUACCAUUUCUUCUUCUUCUUCUUCUUCUUCUUCUUCUUUUUUCUUCUUCUUCUUCUUCUUCUUCUUCCUCCUCCUCUUCUUCUUCUUCUUCUUUUUUCUUCUUCUUCUUCUUCUUCUUCCUCCUCUUCUUUUCUUCUUUUUCUUCUUCUUCUUCUUCUUCUUCUUCUUCCUCCUCCCUUCUUCUUCUUCUUCUUCUUCUUCCUCCUCCUCCUCUUUCUUCUUCUUCUUCUUUUUCUUCUUCUUCUUCUUCUUCCCUCCUCCUCCUCUUCUUCUUCUUCUUCUUCUUCUUCUUCUUCUUUUCUUCUUCUUCUUUUUCUUCUUCUUCUUCUUUUUCUUCUUCUUCUUCUUCUUCUUUCAUUUCUUCUUCAUUUUCUUCUCUUUCUUCUUCUUUCAUGUCUUCUCCUCCUUUCAUAUUUUCUUCUUUCAUAUUUUCUUCUUUCAUUUCUUCUUCAUUUCUCCUUCUUUCAGUUUUUCUUCUUUCAUUUCUUCUUCGUCUUUGUCUUGUUUUUCUUCUCCUUGUUUCAUUUCUUCUUCUUCUUCUUUCAUUUCUACUUCUUCUACUACUUUUUCUUCUUCUCCUUCUUUUUUCUUCUUCCUUUUUUCUUCUUCCAUUUUGUUCUUUUUCUUCUUCUUUUUCUUCUACUUUCAUUUCUUCUUCUUCUUCUUUGUCGUCUUCUUCUUCUUCUUCUUCUUCUUCUUCUUUUUCAUUUCUUAUUGUUCUUCUUUUUCUUCUUGCUCCCCCCCAUACUCCAUGUUUUCAUCUACCAUUUUCUUUUUAUUGCCUCAUCAUCUCCAUCCAAUUCGAAACCAUUUCAUUCAUUUCUUAUCUUAAUUUCCAUCUCCUUUUUUUUCUCUCUCUCUCUCCUAUAUUUCUCCCUUCAAUGAAUCUCUUUACUGUCCUUCAUACACAACCUCAUCUUUUCCACACCUCCCCACCAUUCUUGUCUCUACCUCUAUGUCAAUCUCUUUCUUUUCAUCCUUCCAUCACUUGCCACUCCUGGAAACAUCAGAAUCCCCAAAAACCUACUUUCACGUUCCCCCUCCUCUACCUUGCUCAGCUCUCGCCCCACACUCCACGCCGUCUUCCCUCGCUUUGUCUUAAGUAG